AUGUUUCUGAUCACUCUUUGGUUAUUACUGGCUCAUCAUGCCAACGCUGAAAGUUCCACAUAUAUAGUUCACAUGGACAAGUCCUUCAUGCCUGAAGUCUUUGCAAGCCAUCAUGAUUGGUAUGAAUCCACCAUACAUUCCAUAAGCUUGGCAACAGCUGAUGAUCCACCAGAGCUAGAAGCACAGAAAUUAGUGUACACUUAUGAUGAUGCCAUGCAUGGAUUCAGUGCGGUGUUAUCAUCAGAGGAGUUGGAGACCCUACAGAAAGCUGACGGUUUUGUCACAGCUUAUCCUGACAGGUCUGCCACCAUAGACACCACACACACCUUUGAGUUUCUCUCUUUGGAUUCCCCCAAUGGCCUGUGGAAUGCUUCAGAUUUUGGGGAUGGUGUCAUUGUGGGUCUUAUAGACACUGGAAUAUGGCCUGAAAGUGAUAGUUUCAAAGAUGAUGGCAUGAGCCGGAACAUUCCAUCCAAAUGGAAAGGAACAUGCGAGCCAGGACAAGACUUUAAUGCCUCUUCGUGUAACUUCAAAUUGAUUGGAGCCAGGUACUUCAACAAGGGUGUGAAAGCAGCGAAUCCGAAGGUCACAGUCAGCAUGAACUCAGCGAGAGACACUCAGGGUCAUGGAAGCCACACAUCAUCCACUGUUGCUGGCAACUAUGUAAAUGGUGCCUCCUUUUUUGGCUACGCCAAAGGGGUAGCCAGAGGCGUUGCACCUCGAGCUAGGCUUGCCAUGUACAAGGUCCUUUGGGACGAGGGGCGUGUAGCCUCGGAUGUUCUUGCAGGAAUGGACCAAGCCAUUGCUGAUGGGGUUGAUGUAAUUUCCAUCUCUUUGGGUUUUGAUAGUGUUCCACUUUAUGAAGAUCCUGUAGCAAUAGCUGCUUUUGCAGCUAUGGAAAAAGGGGUGCUGGUGUCAUCUUCAGCUGGCAAUGAAGGUCCCCAACUAGGUACUCUGCAUAAUGGAAUCCCUUGGGUCCUAACAGUGGCAGCAGGCACCAUAGACCGCACAUUUGGCAGUUUGGCACUAGGAAAUGGCAAAACCAUUGUGGGUUGGACCUUGUUUGCGGCAAAGUCCUUAGUGGAGAAUUUUCCACUUAUUUACAACAAGACUCUAUCACCAUGCAACUCGAUUGAACUGUUAUCCGAAGCAGCCACAAGAGGGAUCAUUAUAUGUGAUGCCCUGGACUCAGUUUCUGUCUUUGAGCAAAUAGAUUCUAUUGCUGCAGCCAGUGUGGUAGGGGCUGUGUUUAUCUCCGAGGAUCCAAAGCUAAUUGAAACAGGACGUUUGAUCUCUCCAAGCAUUGUGAUCAGCCCAAGUGAUGCACCAUCCGUGAUCAAGUACGCAAAAAGUGUUGAAACGCCCUUUGCCAGCAUCAAAUUUCAACAAACAUUUGUAGGAAUAAAGCCAGCACCAGCUGCUGCAUUUUACACUUCAAGAGGUCCUUCACCAAGCUACCCGGGGAUCUUAAAGCCUGAUGUAAUGGCACCUGGCUCCAAUGUUCUGGCUGCUUUUGUUCCAAAUAAACCUUCAGCUAGAAUUGGCAGCAAUGUGUUUCUAUCUAGUGACUACAAUAUGUUGUCUGGAACAUCCAUGGCAUGUCCUCAUGCAUCUGGUGUUGCUGCUCUUUUAAAAGCAGCACACCCUGAUUGGAGUCCAGCUGCCAUAAGAUCUGCAUUGAUCACCACUGCCAAUCCUUUUGAUAACACUCAAAGUCCAAUUAGGGAUAAUGGAAACCCACUGCAAUAUGCUUCUCCUCUUGCCAUGGGAGCUGGUGAGAUUGAUCCUAAUAGAGCACUUGAUCCAGGUUUCAUAUAUGAUGCCACCCCUCAGGACUAUGUUAACCUCCUUUGCGCUUUGGGCUACAAACACAGCCAAAUCCUAACUAUCACAAGAUCAAAGUCCUACAAAUGUGCUGAUAACCCAUCAUCUGAUCUUAACUACCCUUCGUUUAUAGUUUUGUAUAGUAAGAAAACAAGAUCAACAAUCAAAAAGUUUAGAAGGACCGUGACCAAUGUAGGAGAUGGUGCUGCUACGUAUAGAGUCAAGGUGACACAACCUAAGGGUGCUGUAGUUAAGGUGUCACCUGAGACACUGGCAUUUAGCUAUAAGAAUGAGAAGCAAAGCUACUCAGUUACUAUAAAGUACAGGCGAAACAAGAAGGAAAACAUUUCAUCUGGUGACAUUGUUUGGGUUAAAGAUGGUGGUGCACGCACGGUGAGGAGCCCCAUUGUUGUGGCACCUAGUGAAAUUGCAUGA